AUUCCCCCGGCCGGUGGGAUUGCCACUCCAGCAAGUCUUGCCUUUGCCAACAAAGCAGCUGAGCAAGCACGUAGCCGAGUGCGUCAAUUGAUAAACCGAUUGCGUACUCCUAGGCGUCAGUCUCUUCCUGACCCUCGAACUUCGAUGUCCGGUGCCCGAGGGAUAGGCAGCAUUGCUAUUGGCUCUAAUCCAGUUUUGUACUCGUGUGGACCCGAAACUUCAUCUAUGGGCUCGGACAGAUUUCAACCCUCAGCAACAGUUCUAGCAGCUAAGACCUCAAGCGGCUCAACCUCAAACAUUAAUACUAUGGCUACUAACAAUUCAUCUGUAUCAGCAUUCUUCUCAUCCAACCUGACUGGGCCUGGGUCUGGCUCGCUGCCUAUAGGGGCCUCGGCAAGUACAACCAUGGUUGGCAAACUGAAUACAAAACAUCUACAGAUGACCAACCAACUCACGGUGAAUGUUGUUUCUUUUCUCAGCGAUGUAUUUCGUAUUUAG